GCUGAGGCUGCCCCGCCGCCGCAGGCGGCCCCGCCGCCGCAGGCUGCCCCGCCGUCGCCUCGCGACGAGAGUGACAACUGGGAUGGCUUAUAUGAACCCGCCACCAAGGAGGCGCUAAUGCAGCACAUCAACAACGAAGUGAAGAGGCUCCAGAGCCUGGCCACAUACGACGUGAACAGCGAAGCGGGCUGGCAGAUGGAGCAGGACUUGAAGGAGUUCUACAGCGGGAACCUGGUCAAGGACCUGCACAGGCGAUACGUUGAAGAAGGAGGUGACAAAGACGCCAAGGACCCCAACACCCCAGAGUCCCUGUGGAACGAGAAGUCCUUCUGGGAGAGCAUUCGAAAGGACGACUACAAGUUCAAGGCGGAGCAGGACUACUUCAACAAAGAGGAGUUCCGUGCAUAUUGGGCAAAGAGAACGGCGGACGAGUGGAUGCAGGACAACAGGUUCAAGGAGACUGAGGAGAAGAUCAACGCGGAGGCGAUGAAGGGCAGGUGCUACAGCUUGGCCAAAAUUGCCGUGGAGGAAGGUGGAGGGCCACAGGGUUGGCGCGCCACGAUGAAGUACGCGGUCAACGCAUCACUUCUGGGCAACGAGUUCGUGAACUACGAUUCAAUGGUCGAGGAUAUCAAGUUUUUGUACCUGACUCACGAGCUGCCAGAGAUCUACGCCAAGAAGCUGCAGAAGUUCCGCGCGUGGUCUACACUUCCUUCCCCUCAGACUGCGACCGCGAGUUCCUCGGGCACCCCCGCGCCAGGCCGUCGGGAGGAUGGCGCUGCAGCUCCGAGCGGCCAGCCAGUCGUCCAGGCCGAGGCCGACCCACGUCAAGCGACCGUUGGCAGGCGCGGGUUGAAGAGGACCCAGGACGCAGAGGAUGAGACCACGCCCGACGUGAGGAAGCAGAAGGUGGGCACGGCCAAUGGGAAGAAGCGGGCCACACCGAGCAAGGACAGCGGCGAGGGCAACGGCUCGGCCGAGAAGGACAACUCGAACUACUUCAAGGACUACAAGUACACCAGGAGCAGCUCCGACACAGUGAUGGCCAGCCACACGUCCCUCAUCAAUAAGAUCCCCAAGGAGCCUGCCUGGAAGUGGGCGAACGGGAAAGAGAACCGCGGUGACCUCGACCAGGCGAUGGACGAG